AUGUUAGCGAUAUCUCACCCCUGUGCUUCCAUGGUUUUCCCCUUGGGUUUGGAACAGCAAAGUCUCGGUGGUGGUGACAGUCGACAGGGUGGGAUGGGGGCGACAGCGCAGCAAGCCGUCCCGUGUGGCCUCGCUGGCCAUUGUAAGCUUGCUGUUCAAGCGGCCGUGGUUAUUGCCUAUAAACGGAACAUGGCUUAA